AUGUCCUCGCUGUUGGGCAGCGACUCGGACCUCCUGGGGAGCUCGACGCAAUCAACGCCCCGGGCAUAUCCGUCGGGGGCGUUCAGCAUGCCGGAAUCUUUGAGGAAGAAGGUGGACGCCCUGAAGCUGAACAGUGACUCCGUCAACGAGCCUCUGGGGGCUCUGCCCCGCCUCAAGAAGAGCGCCUCGGAGGUGACGGUGUCGGCCAACGCGCUCGGUCAUGUGAUUGGACAGGCGCGCAAGGAGCUACAGGAGGAGAGUUUCGCCGGCAGCUGGAUGCAGCGGAGAGUCAGUGGAGAACAGGCGUGA